AUGCCGUCUUCUACAGCGGUCACGACCAAGGUGACCUCGGGGUCUCCUUACCAGCUUGACAACACUCAGGUCACUCGCGCCUCUUCUGCGCUGCUGAAACACAUCAAGUCUACGCAAGAGGAGAAGGAGAAGUCGGCGACCAAGAAGACUCUUAUCGGCGACAACGAUGGCGACUCGGACGAAGAAGACAGCCCCAUGCACAACGAAGCCAUUUGGCUCGUGCUCACCACGAAGAAGCACGUUGUUGACAAGAACCGCCUGAAGCCCGGCAAGAUCAGCAUCCCUCACUCUCUCAACGCCUCGUCCUCCCUCAGUGUCUGCCUCAUCACCGCCGACCCGCAGCGCGCGGUCAAGAACAUCGUCGCCGACUCGUCCUUCCCUGAACACCUUACCUCCCGCAUCGACAAGGUCAUCGGCUUCUCGAAACUGAAGACCAAAUACCAGAGCUUUGAGAGCCGGCGACAAUUGCUGUCGGAGCACGAUGUCUUCCUGGCGGAUGACCGUAUCAUCAUGCGCCUGGUCAACACCCUGGGUAAAAUCUUCUACAAGUCCAGCAAGCGACCCAUCCCUAUUCGCAUUGCCGAGAUCGAGAAGGUGGAUGGUAAGAAGGUGAAGAAGGAUCCCAAGCAGAAGUCGAAGGACGACGACAGCGCUUUUGCCUCUCCCGCCAUCGUCGCCAAGGAGAUCGAGAAGGCCCUCAGCUGUGCUGCUGUGCAACUUGCCCCCGCUACCACCGCCGCCAUUCGCGUGGGUAACUCCAAGUUCACCUCCCAGCAGCUGGCCGAGAACGUCGAGGCUGUUGUCAAGGGAUUGACCGAAAAGUUCAUCACCAAGGGUUGGAGGAAUAUCAAGGCUCUUCAUGUGAAGGGCGCGAACACGAUGGCCAUGCCGAUCUGGCUGGCUAGCGAGCUGUGGGUUGACGAGGCCGACGUGGUCGAGCCGACGCCCGAGGACGAGGCCAAGGCCAUCGAAGGAAAGAAUAAGAAGCGCAAGCAGAGUGGAGAGGAGGAGAAGCUGCUUGAAGCUCCCAAGAAGAACAAGAAGUCCAAGGCUACCGAGGACGACGACGACGACCAUGCGGCCGCCAGGAAGGAGAAGCUGCAGAAGCAGAAGGCCAAGGCUCUCGAGGAUGGCAAGGAGCCCGCAGCCGGAGCCGGAAAGAAGAAGAGAAAGUCGACUUCAUAA